CUGUCGAACGGGGGGUUAAAAUACUCCAAACGAAAAAAGCGUCAGCGUAAAAAAGAACUAUAUAAUAUGAAAAUGACGAAUCCGCCCAUGUAGAGCCUCGCCAUUGCAUGCGAGCAGACGACGCUUCUUACGUGCCUCGUUUUCGUAGAUGACAGCCUCGUUUUCACAUGACAACAAGAAUGCUAUGGCGGAGUGCCUGUUGGUUCGGUCCAGUAUGAUGCAUGUUAUGCGAGACCCGCCGUACAUCAAUGAUUCGAAUUUGGAUUUUUGUGAUACUGCUUCUGUUGGAAGCCGGGAUGACCAAGCGGACCGGGACCCAGACUUUGUGGAAGACCGAUUUCGGGUAGACCGGAAGAAACUGGAGCAAAUGCUACAAGCCCCAGAAAAUGAAGACGAUGAAGGGGCUGAGGACUUUUUUCAAAGAAUUAUGGAAGAAACAAAUACUCAGAUAACAUGGCCGUCCAAAUUAAAAAUAGGUGCAAAAUCAAAAAAAGAUCCACAUAUAAAAGUUGUUGGAUACCCAGAGGAUGUGGCUAAUGCCAAAGACAAAAUUAUGGCAGUGUUGGACACAAAGAGCAAUCGUGUGACACUGAAGAUGGACGUGUCUCACACGGAGCACUCCCAUGUGAUCGGCAAGGGAGGCAACAACAUCAAGAAGGUGAUGCAGGAUACCGGUUGUCACAUCCACUUCCCUGAUUCCAAUAGAGGCAGCAGUGUCCAGGAGAAGAGCAAUCAGGUGUCUAUAGCAGGCCAACCUGCCGGUGUAGAAUCAGCACGUGCCCAGAUAAGGGAGUUGCUGCCACUAGUGUUUAUGUUUGAGCUGCCUGUGUCUGGCAUGCUGCACCCGCUACCAGACGCCUCUUCCCCAGCAAUCCAGUCCCUCCAACAGACCUACAACGUACAGGUCAGCCUCAAGCAGCGUCCCCGGAUGUACGUCACCACUGUCAUUGUCAGGGGCUCUGUCAACAAUGCCAAGGCUGUCAAGGAUGCCACAGCUAAACUGAUGGAACAGCUCACUGGAUGUAACACCUUGGCAGUCAGCAUGCAGCUGGAGAUUGCCCAACAGCACCACCUGUUCAUUAUUGGCCGUGCAGGUGUCAACAUCAAGCAGAUCAUGCAGCGGACAGGGGCCAGUAUACACUUCCCCGAUCCCAACACCGCCACGCAACAACGAAAAGGAACAGUCUAUAUCACUGGAAGUAUUGAAAGUGUGUUCUUAGCCCGACAACAACUCAUCGGUUGUCUCCCCUUAGUUCUAAUGUUUGAUGUCAAAGAAGACAUAGAUUUGGAACAAGGUCGAGUCCAACAACUGACUGAGCAGCUGGAUGUGUUCAUCAGUGUGAAACCCAAGCCCAAACAGCCAAGCAAGUCUGUGAUUGUCAAAAGUAUUGAGCGCAAUGCGUCCAACAUGUACCUGGCCCGGCAGCUGCUCCUGGGUAUCGACAAGGACUCCGAGAAGAACCUCACUGCCUUCUCCAACACCGGCAAUGGGGACAUGUCCUCUCUAGCACACACUGGCCUCGGUCUCACUGCCCUCGGUUUCCUGGGUCAUAAUAUGUUGAAUGUGAAUACAACAACCACCGCCAACUCUCUACUGAUGUUAAAUGGUCAUCAUAGUCCGUCCCUAGGCAGCCCAGUCAACUGCCACUCUCCGUCCAGCCCCAGCCACUGGGUGUCACCACCUCCAGGAAUAUACAACCCCCUGCUGAUGGUGAAUCCUGUGUCAACCUCCGUCCACAGUCAGCUUGAUGCCCUCUCUCCAUGUAAUGGGUUUCAGAAAGACUUUACUCACCCAAGUGCCUUCAUCCGAGUCUCAACACCUCUAGAUCAAGGUCCAAGCUGCAAAACCAGCGAGGCAGGCAGCCCCCCUCACAGUCCCCCCAACAGCCCGGUCACAGUGUCCCUGGGUCAUCCCCCCCACCACUCAGUGGACUUCUCCAGCCUACAGACAGCGGGUGCUAUUGGGGACAUGAUGACCCGUGACCCUCUCAGUAGUAACGGUCACACCCUGGAUCUCCUGGGUCUCAGCAAGACCACCCCUCUGUGUUCAGCACAGGCCCUCUAUAUGGAGGCCAACAGACAUCUACAGAAUGGUAAUCUAGACAAUACAUCCGAGUCCUCUGGAGGGGAGUCCGACAGCUCCGACAAAAGGGCUCCAGGGAGCGAACGCAAGAAUUCCACGUCCUCUCUCUUCAGCAAUCCACUUCAGUAUGGGUUUGACUAUGAGCAAAAGAAGCUGCUUGCCAUGAAAGCCAUGCAGAAGAAGCCUGAGGGGGAGUCCCGGAUCCCGACCGACUUUUGGGCAGGGAUGGGGUUCUCCAAGUCCAUGCCAGAGUCGGCCAUCAGGGAGAGGAUCAACCAGCUGGGCAUGGGGCACAGAUACCUGGGGCCUGCCAUGUCUACCACAUAUGAGAGCCCAGAGUAGGAGUUGGAAGCAGGUAUUGACCGAGACCCAUGGAAGAACCCGUGUAGCACCAAUGCACCCAUCAACAAGGCACCUGGAGAAUACCCAAGUCCUCGGAAGAAAUAUGAGUUUGGUUUGAGCAGCAGUAACCACGUAGACAGUGCGUCUGCUCUGCCACCCUCAAACCUGUGGUCUCCCAAGACUGACCUGGCUGAGCUCUUCAGUAAGAUGGGGCUCGGCAAGUACACCGAUCUCUUUCAGCAGCAGGAGAUUGACCUGUCAACGUUCCUGACCUUGACUGACCAUGACCUUCGAGAGCUGGGAAUCUCCACUUUUGGAGCCAGACGGAAGAUGCUCAUAGCUAUUGCUGAUCUGACAAAACGUCGAACAUUGCGGAAUAUUAAUCCAGGUGGCGCCACUUCUGCCUCCAGCACCAGCAACAAUCCCACCACCACCAACAACCCGUUUCAGGAAAACGGAGCAUCGCUGAUGGGUCCCCGGCGUCCAGACAUUGCUAGUCUUAGCGGGCGCUGGUAGCUCGGUGAUACCUGUACACAUCUCAGACAAGCAACAAGGAAAAUGAUAUUGGGAAGACAACAUGCAACUAAAAGAACUACAGCUUUAAUCUAAGCAAAUGUUUCAUUACAAAUAUAUAUCUUGUAUGAAUGUGACUUUGGCAAAAAUGUCAUUUCAAAACAGGAUUUGUGAAAUUGAACUGUAAACAGGAUUUGUGAAAUUGAACUUUAAAUUUGCUUUAAGAAUGUGAUAGAAAGGAUAUUUGCUAUUACAGUUAUAUAUUUUCAUAAUACACAGUUGUCUCAUUUGUAUUUGCCUUGUUGCUUGUCAAUUGUUCUGCUGAUGCAUAAUCGACUUUCACAGAAACUGUGGUGAAUUUGGUCGAAUUUCGACAAAAAUCUUGGAGCUACACUUGCAUGGACCUUACGUGAAGCAUCUAGUCUGUUCAGUUGCCAUGGUAACAGCAUUGUAAUCAUGGUACCUGUGGUGAUAUGUACAAAUAUUUAGAACCUUUACAGUAAACAAAUUGUUAGCCCUGUUUAUAUGAUGAUUUUGUUAGAGAGACUUAGAGAGGUAUUUAUGAAAUGUUGCCACAUUGGUUCGAGUAGUCACAGAAAACUCAUUGUUUAAAUUUGUUGAUGUUUGUUUUUAUUGCAAUAUGUUUAAGAAUGUUACCUGUUAAAAAUCUUCAGAAUAGAUAGAUUUGCAAUGGCAUGUAGGUAAAUCAAAAUUUAAUCAGGCUAUAAAAUAAUGAUUUAAAAUUAGUUCUUGGGAAUGAGAAAUAAACGUGUGGAAGGUGAAUUAGUCACUUGUAUAUUUUACGGGAGAAAUGUAAAGUGUAAGUAUGGAGUGGUACAAGAAACCCGAGAACCAGGAAUAUAUAAUUGUAUUUUUUAACGAAAGAUUUUGUCAUUGAAAAUUUUUCCUUGAACAAUUUUUUCACAUCAUACGAGAUCAUUUUAGUCAGAUGAAGCCAUGCAUGCAUUUGAAUAAUUCUCAUGAAGAAAUUGUUUUCUCUAGAUGGUUUUCUGACAUUGUAUGGGAGGAGACCUGUGUUGUUGUUACCUCGUGUCAUGUAUAGAAUUUGUUAGAGACUUGCUGCUCUUUGCUAAAUCAGAAUUCUAAAUAGGGCUUUCAUUAUCUUAAUCUGUCCAUUUUGUAAACAAAUUUGAUAGAUGUAUUCCAUAUAUAUGUAUGUGUUUUUCACCUGAAGUGAUACACCUAUCCGUCCAAUUUUUUGUGAUGUUUAUAUUUUUUUCAUCAGCUAUGUUAACGAAGCAUUUAUGCUUUUUUCUAGAAAAGCUGCAGGAUGAACCAAAUAUUUAUUCUUGAAACAGUAUUUAGUCAUGUUUAGUUUUUAGAAGCCAAAUUUGAACAAAUCUACUUUCUCAUAUUAUGUUAAAUAUUUUUUAAUAUUCAUCAUUGAAGUGCAUAAUUAAUUAUGCUUUGAGUUAUGUUCAUGAUUACAGUACAGAAUAAACUUGAUAAGUUGGAAAUGUUGGUAUUAUUUGACAAUGAUUUCAAUACAAAAUGAAAGUUUUAUCAUGUAAUGUAUGGAUUUUUCUACAUAUCCAUGAGAUAUAAUCCUUGUAAUAAGAAUAAGUGGGAUUUUUGUAAGAUGGGGUUUAUAAUUAAAUGCAAAGGAUCAGUAAAGUAAGACAUUUUUACACAUUUUUGAUGCAUUUGUCACAAAGCUUUCCGAAAACAUCGGACCUAGAUUUGUUCAUCAUUUUGAGAUUUUACUGUUUCUUGUACUACUAUUUUCAGAAUUUAUCUGUGUUUUCUUAUUUCUUUAUGUUUGCAAGUAUUUUCUUCAAUCAUCCAAUGUUGAGUGUAGGGUAAUGGAGUUUUGACCUGUACUGUAUGUUUCCACAAGUCUGUACUGCUGAAGAAUGUACUAUGCAAACACAGUUUGAAGAUAUGUAGCGUCAUUGUACAGGGAACGUCUGUCUACAGAUCUACAGGUUAUGCAUAUCAAAGAAAUUCUAAACCCAUGACAUUUUUGUUUCAGAUUAUCAGUCAUUUAUAUUUAUUUCAAAAUAUUCAUGGUAUUUGAUUUUUAUCAUGUGUGUUUCAAUCAGUAUUGUGAAGGUAUCUAAGUGGAUCUGAAUACGUGAAAUGAAUUUCCAUAAGGAGUAAGUCCAUCAGCUGCUGCUGUGACAUGUAUUGUAACCAGUAAUACAAAUAAAUCCUGAGUCGGGUCAAAUCUGAGCAUAAUAUUUCAUUUACCCCAUAUUGUUUCUGUAUUUUCUGUUUUGUUCCUUAAAAAUCAUAUCUUGCAAAUGUCAGAAGAAUUAGAAUUUGUGAAGAAGAUAUUGUUUUUGUUAAUACCUUGUACAAGGGUGCACACAGCACCAACUGGUUCAGUCUUAUAUUGUAGCAUGAUCAAACAAAUCCCAG